CAAUACUGUCAUUUCAAUUGACAAGUGACAAUUCAUUACGAUAGGGAAAUUUAGUUGUUAAAUUAUAUUUCGACACAAUAAAAAUUUAAUUGUAUUGAAAUAAAGCUUAUUUAUUCUAUAAAAACUUUAGAAAUAUGACGGAGUUACUCAUAGAUCCAAAUAUACGAGUAUGGGUAUUUCUUCCCAUCGUGCUCAUUACAUUUUUUGUCGGUGUAAUUCGACACUACGUCUCUGUGCUAAUAUCCUCACAGAAAAAAGCUGAAAUCACACAAAUUCAAGACAGCCAAGCAAUGAUUCGAGCACGACUCUUACGUGAAAAUGGCAAAUAUCUUACUGCUCACUCGUUUGCUAUGCGAAAGAACUUUUUCAAUAACGAAGAAACUGGCUAUUUCAAAACACAAAAGCGGGCACCUGUAGCCCAAAAUUCAACAGCUAUGUUAACAGAUAUGGUGAAAGGCAACUUCAUAAAUGUCCUGCCAAUGGUAAUUAUCGGUGGCUGGAUUAAUUGGAUGUUUUCAGGUUUCGUAACCACAAAAGUGCCUUUCCCGUUAACAUUACGUUUUAAACCCAUGUUGCAACGCGGUGUGGAACUUGCUUCCCUAGAUGCUGCUUGGGUAUCGUCAGCUUCAUGGUAUUUCCUUAAUGUAUUCGGGCUUCGAUCUAUAUAUACAUUAGUACUUGGCGAAAACAAUCAAGCAGAUCAAACACAAGCACAAGCAGAUGCAAUGACUGGAGCAGCAAUGACAAUGCCCCAAGAUCCUAAAGCAGCUUUUAAAGCUGAGUGGGAGGCUUUGGAAAUCACCGAAUAUCAUAGUGCGUUGAAAAAUGUGGAAAAGGACCUUUUGCAUCAUGCGUUUGGAAAUGAAGUGGCAAUUGAGAGUAGCAUUCGACAGUAAUUACUAGAAUGUAAUAUUUUAAUAAAGUUUAGAAUUGGAGUUGAAUUUAUGUCUGGGGAUAGUCGCUUAAUAUAUAAGUGACUACCUAAAUUAAAAUUUAGACAAAUUUCGUAAAGCGAGUAAAUCGUUUUUAUUAGACCAAAUAUAAUAUAACAUAUAAAAUAAAA